GCCAACAACAAUGUAUGAAAGUUUGGAGUUUUUUUUUUAAUGGACCUCCCUUUUUAGGAAGAGCUUUAUCUCUCUUGUUCUUUCUCUCUCUCUUUUUUUUUUAAUCAAAGCUGAACCAGAAGAAAUACUGUCAUAUAAGUACACAGGUUGAUAGACUUAGUGCUACAGUGCUCCCACAAAUCCAAGGUGACUUUGCCCUUGUAAAUAGAUUCAUAGUGGACAAAGAAUAUUUUCCUCUGGUCCUGAGUCAGCAAUGUUGGCUGAAAGCCCAAGGUAUGUUGUAUUGUGUACAUGGGUUUCUAUGGAGAUGUGGAGAAGACCUUCAGCCAACAGUACUUCUGGCUUUUCUCAGAAGGGAAAGAUCCACCACUUCUUAAGCUACUAAAGGAAUCUAGUUGAUGUCUACAGUAGAAUUAACAGCAGACAAGAAUGACUAUUACCUAAAUAAUUAUAGUUCAUACAAUAUAUAUACCUCAUGGUGACAUUUGAAAAGCUUAGGAUACCCUACAAGAGACAGAGUCCGAAUCGGAGUCAGACAAUGGAAACCCUGCAUACACGAUUCAGUUCUUGGACACCAAUUGAAAACAAACCACUUAACAAUCAGCUUUAUCAGGAAAGAAUCAGACUUAUAAGCCACUGGUUUGACUUGUGGACAGACAAACAACGCAAGCAGUUUCUCCUCUUGAUAUUGAACAAGUGCAGUAAAUCACAGCUGAAGUGUGCUGAAAAAUGGCUUGUAGAAAAUAUCCCACUGAGCCAUAUAGAUUUCACCACUCUGCUGCCACGUUUCAUAUCUUUAUAUAUAUUCUCCUUUCUCAGUCCGAGGGAUCUUUGUGCUGCAGCCCAAAUCAAUUGGCACUGGAAAUUUUUAACUGAACAGGACUGUCUGUGGAUGCCAAAAUGCCUUAAGUUAGGAUGGUUUCUUCCGUAUGUUCCUGAAAAGAAUGAAUAUGGCGCUUGGAAGCGUUAUUAUAUUGCUUGUGCAACCAACCUGGAUUAUCUGACUCCUAGGAGAAUUGCAUACCACAGAACUACCAGUGAUCUCAAAACAAAAACUGAAGAGCAAGAAGAAAGAGGGCAAGCAAACUAUUUUCGGAAAUUUAUUCGAGGGAGAUUGGCAGUACACAAAAAAGAAUUAUUCAAAGCUCGUCCACCUUGGAUAAGUGGAACCCGGAGCUCAGGAUUUUACAAGUCUGGAUUUCAACCACAUUUGUCCCAAUCUAUCUAUGACCAGGCUAAAUUAUCAGCUGAAUUAUUAAUGAAGAGUUCUCAACAGAAUAAAUCUGCAUUAGGCUUCAGACUAGAAGCUGAGAAGCCAUACAUCUUGUCUUCUGGGAAAUCUCUACCAGAAAGAUUUCGUCAGCCUAUUUCCCAAGGAUACCCCAAUGGGAAGUAUUCGCUCCAUCCACACCUGGUCUUGAUAUCUUCCCACGUGCCUGCAUACGAGAUGGUUGUGGAUAGUGUUAAGCAUGGUGUGGUUCUGGUAGUGUAUGAGCAUACUGGGACCACACUGGAAAGCCUCAUUCAUUCGGUAGAAAAGGCCUUGGAUGGCCAAAUAGCAAAGAGUAUUGGGAUAAUUAGUGAUGGAGAUUCCAGAGAGAUUAACUUGCUUCAAGGUUACACAGUCAACACCCAAAAUCUUCUUAAACCUGAGGUGAGAGAGUUUUGGAAGCGCUUAAAAAGUUGCAUUAUGUCUCCAGAAGAAGAGGGAAGCAUAGACCUCUUUGUUCCUCUGGCAGCUUCAGAGGCAGGAAAAGAGAUCCUUUCACAGCUGACUCAUCUCACUGGAGCAUUCUUCAGGACUCCUACCGGAAUAGCUACCGGGUCUUAUCAGCACAUUUUCAGUGAAUGGCUGGGAAAUCAGAAAGAAAGCUCUCCUCCGUUGCUGUACCUCACUGAAGUAAAACUGCAAAUAUGGCUCAGAUUCACUGAGUUGCUGGAAGAGGCACUGGAUGUUGUCAGGAAAAAGCUGAGUCCAUAUUUUUUUGAUUUGCAAAAGAACAUGGCGGGCAAAAUUAUUGGUCAAAUUAUGUUUAAUACUGUGAAUUGGUCCAACAUUCAAGACAAUGAAAGAAUAAUCCAGACUUUGGCUAAUGGAUUAGUUGAACUCUCAAGAGGAAAUCACGAAAACCGCUUGGAAUUUCUAUCAUCUUUCCUCAUGAAGAAAUGUGAGACUGAAGAACUUGCAAACCAGGAUUUUUUGACUGAGAGCACUUCGGAAUCAGAGCUUGUACUUAAGAUAGAUGAACCUCAAGAUGUGAUAGAGAAGCGCCAAAGCUUUGCCAGAGAACUUCUCUUAAGUGAGAGAAACUAUGUCCGCAUUCUGGAAAUUGUGAAAGAUGUCUAUGUAAAACCAUUAAAAGCAGCACUGGCAUCCCAUCAGACCAUCCUAAGUGAUAUAAGUAUUCAGCUCAUCUUUUCUGAUGUCUUGAACAUUUUACAAGUAAACAGGUGUUUUUUAGCUGAGUUAACACGAAGGUUUAAUGAAUGGAGCCCUGCCCAAAACGUAGGAGACAUAUUCAUUAAGUUGGGCCAGCAUUUUCAAACAUAUACAAUUUUUUUCAACAACUAUGCAGUAAUUCUGAAAACUAUAGAUAAGUGCCGAGAAACUAUUCCAGUAUUCCGUGCUUUCUUGAAGAGACAUGAUCGGACGGUUGUUACCACCAUGAGAAGCUUACAGGAACUUCUGCUCUGCCCUUCUAAAAGAGUCAAAGAAUACAUCACUCUCCUCUAUGCUCUUAGACUUCACACUCCUCAAGAACAUACUGACCACGAAGACUUGGCCACUGCAAUUAAACAAAUGAAACAACUCAAAGAUUAUAUAGACCAGUUGAAACUGAAUGUGGGCAGAAAUGAUCAACUAUUGAGUGUGCAACGGUGUAUCCAAGGAGGACCUCAGUUAUUGAAAGCCAGUAGAUAUCUAAUUAUGGCUCAAGAUGUGGCCCAGCUAAACUGUUCUCAUAGAACGAAUUUGCAAUUCAGGUUGUAUGAGCAUACCCACGAUCUUAGACUUUUCCUGUUCAAUGAUGUCCUUGUUAUUUCACAACGCAACAUCUCCUACAAGCCCUUUGAACAAAUUCCUAAGGUCACUUACCAGUUUUUGGCUACAAUAAUGCUCCAUCAGCUCCAGAUUGAAGAUAUUCCAGAUUCUAAAUAUAUCAAGAAUGCUUUUCUUUUACAAGGGCCCCGACAUCAGUGGAUUUGUUCUACAGAUGAAGACAAGUUUGUAUGGUUUUCUGCAUUACAAAAAGCAAUUCACUGUAGUAUCAGUCAGGAUGUAAACUGAAUAAGGCAAUGUAGUGACUCAAGUUGGGACUGACAACUUGGUCAUUAAGUGAAGCAGUUGCUAAGUGAAACCCAUGUCUGUGUUUAUGAUCUUAUUUGAGUUUUCCUGUUUUAUAUACCUACAAGGGUUGUAAAUGUGACAAUUGGUCACAGUUUUCAAUCCUGUUAUAACUGCAAAUGUUUGCGUAUGAGGCAUUUGCUAAAUGAGGACUGCCUGUAUACUUUCCAUGUAUUUUUCUCAUGAUCUAAUGACAUGGUGGAUGUGACCAUUAACUGCAAUAACUUUUUUAUUAUAAGCAAAUUUAGUGUGAAAUAAAUAUAUAUAAUGAUUUAUGACAGGAGGUUGUGGUUGAGUCAUAGGUUAUGAACGUGGUUAUUAAAAUAACACAUCAGAAGUUUUUUUUAAGUUUUUCCUUAUCACCAAUAAGAUACAUCUUGGCUGAUUUUGGACUUUACUUAUGCAGUCAAAAUUUUAUAUGUGAAAAUUUCAAUUUUGCAGUAGAAAUUGUUUCAAACACUAUCCCUAUGCUCUCAUCCAUAUCUUGCACAAGUACUGGAUAGGCAUCUGCCACUUAUACUGAUUAAUGCUGGAGGAAAUCUACAAACUAAAUAUUGUGUAAGAUCUGGAAUCUUUGGAUUUGAAUAUGGAAUGUCAGGAUUGAGCAUAAGGCAGGCGCACAUUAUAUCCAAGUCCUCAUGAGCUUCAAAAUAAAUUUGUGAAAAUAAAGUGGUUUUGUUUCAAUGACUGAAUAUAAGGGAUAUAACUACCUUUCUAGACCUUUCAUAUGUUUAGUAAAAUAAUAAAUUAUAUUGCUAUGACCUGAUAUUGUUUAUGCUAUACAAUAUGUAGAAAAAGACUGGUGAACCAUUAAUGUAACUGCAUGAUGCAUUAUAUUUUAUUCUGAAUAUAUUAUUUUGCAUGUGCAGUGAAUACUUUUUAUGAUUUUUUUGCUUCUUCCUAAAUGUUUGAUAUUUUCUACUAAAAAGUUUGUUUCCAAUUUUUAUUAGUGAAUAUAUGACUAUCAGUAGCAUAUAGUGAUCUUAAAGACUAGUAGAAAUUCUGCAACCAGACUUAGUCUGGUUCACACAGAAUGCUAAACAUAUCUUUUUUAUUUUAUUUUAUCCUAUCAUAAUGUAUGAACUCACCCAGUUCUAGCCUUAACUGACUCCGUAUUCAGUAAAAAAAAAAUGUACAAAAGUCAAUUGUUUUCUGUUAUUGAGCCAAAUUAAAAGAAUUAACUCCAAUUAAAA